AUGAUCAUGGAACUGCUCGCCCUUUCACACAUCAACGGUGGAACAUGUUCUGACAAGUGGGUCGGAUCUUUUCUGGAUCUGAAGCAGCAGCAGAAGAUUGUCCGGGUCGGACUCGUUCACAAGAUCAGCUGUUCUUCUCUGGCUUCAGCUCUGAGGUCAAACCCCUCUCAUCUGAGAGACCUGGAUCUGAGUGACAACAACCUGCAUGACUCAGGAGUGAAGGAGCUGUGUGGUUUUCUACAGAGUCCAACCUGUCGUCUGAAGACUCUGGGGUUGAAGAACUGCAGUCUUUCAGAGAUCAGCUGUUCUUCUCUGGCUUCAGCUCUGAAGUCAAACCCCUCUCAUCUGAGAGAACUGGAUCUGAUAGGAAACAACCUGCUGUACUCAGUAGUGAAGGAGCUGCUUGAUCUAAAGCGGAGUUCAACCUGUCGACUGGAGACUCUGAGGUGGGAGGGGGCAUCUUUGUUGUUCUCAUUGUGAAGAGGACAGACACAGGAAGACCCAUCUGAACCGGAUUCAAACCUGUCGAGAAGGCUGUGAUACGUGAUUAAUAUAUAUGAUGAUGUGAUGUUGUGAUAUAUGAUGAUGGCUUUAUUGGUGCCAUAUGCUUGGCCCUAUUGUAUUUAGAAGGAUUUGUAUUGUGAACAUGCAAUAGUUUUCAUCAAUGAAAAAAUGUAAUUUACGAAAUUCUUAAUGAUCAAUUAAUCGAUUGUCUAUUAAUUAUGCCCAUCCCUAAAAUGAACGACAUGAAAAUAUGAAUAUGACAAAUUUCCGUGACUUUUCCAGGCCUGGAAAAACACAUUUUAAAAUUCCAUGACUUUUCCAUGUUUUCCAUGACCGUACGAACCCUGAAAGAGGCUAAUCGAUAACAUGUGUUCCUCAGCAGGAGGAGCUUGGAAAUGUAUAAACGUGCUGUAUGUCCUGUAUGUCAUUGCUCAUUGUAUGAAAUCUAUUCCAUGGUUUUGUACGGUGAUACCCAUCUGCAGAUAUAGAAUUAAACUUCCAGAAAGAACA